AUGGCAUCUCAGAACAACUCCAACAACUCGGAGUUCGCCCUCCUUGACAGGAAGGGAGAUGGCACUUGGACCGCCAUCAAGAGAGCCAAUCCUGACGAAAAGGACCUGUACAUUGCUCUGCCUUGGGGCAAUUUUGAUGUACCUAUACCGAACGACCCCUACAAGGAUCAGCCCGAGGAGGGCGUUGUAACCAGGCCUGAAGUUCCGUCAUGGGUCCAUGUCAAUAGCCUCGUCUUGAAAGACACAGACGUCGUUUAUCGAAUCUUCAAUCACAAAAACAUCGUCUCCAUUGCCGGCAGCAUCGAGGCUGAUUCCCACGAGGCUGCAGCUUCGGCAAAUACUGGCCCACUUGACUACCUGGUAUGGGAUCACUGCGCCCACUCCGAUCUCACUGCUCGCAUGAAAGCUCUACGCGAGUCUCCUGAUGAGCCCAUCAAAGAGUCGUUCUGCUGGCACGUGCUCACGUCGCUUCUCGAAGCCAUCACGUACCUCCACGAUGGAAAGCGUCUUGUUGAGGAGGGAGGACAGCGUCUAUGGAAGGCGGAGAGUUCAACGUGGACCCCGAUUCUGCAUGGCAAGAUUGAGCCGCACAACGUGUUGUUUCAGAAGACAGGGCAAGAUGAGGCGCAUGAUCGGUGCAAGCUCGCCGAUUUGCGAUGGGCAGUCGCUCUGAAUCAUAAGAUUUCCUACUAUGAAGGUGAAAGGGAUGAGUUGGACGAAGACGGAGGCAGUGCUGCUUCGCGGCUGGAGCGCCUUGAAGAGACUCUGUCGUUGGAUGCAUGUGUACCGAAAUGGCAGAACCCCCAUGGGCACAGCAUUGAUUCAGAACUCUACGCCCUCGGCCGCCUCAUCCAUUCUAUGAUGACGGACGAUAGACACGAGACAAAUACGGGGUAUUGCAUGCACGAGCUGGAAGGCAAGUAUUCGGAGCAGUUGGCAGCUGUGGUCAAGUUUCUGCUCGACCGACGGCUCUAUCUGACGCGAUUUGCUGAGCAAAGGGUUGAGAGGGUGCUGCCCAUGACCAAGGUGGUGAUGGAGUAUUACCGGGAGUGGAAGAUGGUGAAUGACGGUUGA